ACGAUUUGUAUUCGCCCCCUCCUGUCGAGGGGUCAGCGCCAAGAGAUCGGCACAAAUGAGAAGUUAUAACAGCCAUCGAGGAAUGAGUGAUGACUUUCCACAAGAAAGACAUAGAUUUGAAACAGAAUUUGGAGGAGAAUUAGCGCCGAUUGAGUCGCGAAGGUUUAGAAAGCGUUUCACAGAUUUACUCAAAGCUAAUCUAUUGAGAAGAAACCGAUCCAAAGACCCGACUCAGUAUAACUUGUUGUUGAAUUCAAUGGACGAACUGAUGGCACCGCAAAGUUUAGAGACUGAAAGCCAAUAAAAAUUAAUUAAUAAUUAAUUAUUUAAAACGGAUUUUGUUAAGAAAGAAGCGACAAAUUUGUAAUAAUAAUAAUAUUAAAUAUGAUCUCAAAUGGACUUUAAAACUAAAAGCAAAGUCUUAUUCAG